UCCCCGUCUUUUGUGUCCUGUUUUCCGGCGUAACACAAUGGCUUCAAUACACUGUGCCCGAGGAUAAAGGAAAGUCUCCGACUUUCAUCUGGGAGGGCGGGCGGCUCAAUUGUGUUGGACCAACCCCCCUCUUGAAGCUAGAAAGUGAUGGUGCAGUGACACUGUGUGUUGGUAGCUUGUGUCAUUCACUCAGUGUUGUUGGAAAAUAACUGGUUCUGUAUGUUUCAGUCCGGCAAGAGAGUGCGUUAAGGCGGAGUGGGUGUCCUCAAGUGGGGUUUUGUGUUCCUAGUGAUGUAUUGAUGUAUGGCUAUAGAUGUGGAAGGCCUUGUAGAACUAGCCUAGCCUGACACCUCAUUUCUUGCAGGGUCAGCCAACCCAGCUUGUUCUGUAGGUACGACACGCUGGUGGUGUUCCUGUAGUCCUUCAAGACAUACCUAGCAGCUCGUUUCUGUACAUAUUCUAUUUUGUCCAUUAGCACAUUUUUAUUGGCAUAUUGACGCUUCUGUGGGUACAGUUAGCUGUUCCAAGUCGUAUGCACACUAAGUCGGGGUUACCAAUUGUUUCCGGCGUAACAUAAUGGCAGUGUUCAGCGUCGGUGAGGUCAGCUCGGGGCCGUGUUUUGACGGCCGUUUCACCCCGACCUGAGCUAAGAAACUACCUAUUCCCUAAACUCUGCAUGUCUGGACCAAUCAGAGUAACGACUCGUAUCCUACAAUAUAUAUAUAUAUGCAAAUAUAUGGUGACAGGCUAGGGUAUAUCUAGUGGUACGAGGGUGCUAGCGCUCGCUUCAUUUUGUGAGUCACACAACCGUAAGAUGCUUUCAGCGCAGCCACCGAAGUCUAACCAGCUGUCCGUACUGAAGGUCUCUGUAGACCGAGAGAAGCAGUGUGAGCCCCUACUGCGUGAAAACUCCAGACGCUUCGUCAUUUUUCCCAUCCAGUACCACGACAUCUGGCACAUGUACAAGAAGGCCGUAGCAUCAUUCUGGACAACGGAGGAAGUUGAUCUCUCUAAAGACUUGGCGCAUUGGGAGAGACUGAAUGACAACGAAAAACACUUCAUUAAACACGUCCUGGCAUUCUUUGCAGCUAGUGACGGUAUAGUCAAUGAAAAUCUGGUUGAGAGAUUCACCAAAGAGGUGCAGGUGACUGAGGCAAGGUGCUUCUAUGGCUUCCAGAUAGCCAUUGAGAACAUCCAUUCUGAAAUGUACAGUCUCUUAAUCGACACCUACGUGAAGGAGCCACAUGAGAGAGAGCGUCUGUUCAGUGCCAUUGAGACCAUACCGUGUGUACAAAAGAAGGCUGACUGGGCCCUGAAGUGGAGCGGAGACGAGGGGAGCAGUUGGGGGGAGCGUGUAGUUGCGUUUGCCGCUGUGGAAGGGAUAUUUUUCUCCGGGGCCUUCGCAGCAAUUUUCUGGUUAAGGAAAAGAGGACUCAUGCCGGGGCUAACUUUCUCCAAUGAGCUGAUCAGUAGAGACGAGGGUCUACACACCGACUUUGCCUGUCUUAUGGUCAGCUACCUGGUCAAUAAGCCUAGUGAGGAUCGCAUUUACCAGAUUAUCGACGAUGCUGUUAAGAUUGAGCAAGAGUUCCUGACGGAAGCUCUUCCCGUGAAGCUGAUUGGGAUGAAUCAAGACCUGAUGAAACAGUACAUCGAGUUUGUCGCAGAUAGACUGCUGGGGGAACUCCUGUGCAGUAAGCUUUACAACAGCGAGAACCCCUUUGACUUCAUGGAGAACAUUUCUCUGGAGGGAAAGACCAACUUCUUUGAGAAGAGGGUGGGGGAGUACCAGAAGAUGGGCGUGAUGUCCUCCUCUGAACAGCAAAAGUUCACGUUGGAUGCUGACUUUUGAAAGUAGAGAAUAAAAGAACGGAAAAACAGACGG